UCCGCUGCGGUCCUCAAAAAUGGAAAUCAAAAUUUGAAUCAGGGAGAGCCAUAUUCGGCAGUGAAACCAAUUGGAACUUGAAUCACUAUGUGCAUUAUUAAGUCGUUCUCAUAUUCGAUCGCCGUCCGGGCCUAGGGGAAGAUGGAAUGGAGUCAAGAUCGAAGUAGGUUGAUCUCGGUGUCAGAUGCAUUCCAAGACGCGAGGGGGGAAAGGAAAUAAGGAAAUGCGACAUCGGCUUUUGUUUUUGUCUCUGGUUCUGCAACAAACCUAUUGGUGGCUGUCGAGUAUUGCCUGUCUAAUUGCAGAUUCUCCCGAGCUAAGUCAGCGCCCUUUGUUCCUCUUCUCCCUGGGUUCUUUAAAGAUGGCUUCGUCUCCUCCCCUCCCCUACCAUCAUCUAUUUCUUCUACACCAUCCUCACACGCUCGCUUGUUUCCUCGUCGUUCGUUAACUGUUGCGCUAGACAUUCGCUCUUAGUCUUCGUUUUUAGAGAUUCGCUACUUAUCUCUCUCUCUCGUCAAAGACUACUACUAUUACUGCCACUACUAACAACCUAUACCUUACCGCAACAGCACCUACGAAAACGAAAAAUGUUCCACAAGACUGCCGCUGCCUUGGGCCUGGUUGCCGUCUCCGGCGCCGCUGCUGGGUCUGCUGGAGGGUACCCUGCGUAUCCCGUUAACAACACGGCUCCGGCUCCCUCGUCCGUCUGGCAGUACUACAAUACUACGGUGCCCACGACGGUCGUGGUGCCCCAGUUCACUACCGUCUGUCCCGAGGCGACGACCCUGAGCUACAAUGGCGUCCAGUACACUGUUACUAAGGGCGAGACUGUCACUGUUACCGACUGCCCUUGCACUGUUCCUACGGUUGUCCACACUCUCACCUCGUCUCUCUGCCCGCCUGGCGUCACGCCCACCGCCGUCGUCCCCGCGGUCCCAACCGGUGUGCCUUAUCCCGCCGAGACGCCUGCUCCCGGUACUCCCGGUACUCCCGCAGUCCCCGGCGCUCCUGGCGCUCCUGGCGCUCCUGGCUCUCCCGGCAAACCUGGCUCUCCCGCCGCUGGUACUACUCUUGUCGUCCCCGCCCCGGCCGGCACUACACCAGCCCCUGGCGCCCCUGCCCAAGGCGGUUCUGGUGGUUCUCCUCCCGCAGGCGCCGCCCCAGCCGAAGGCACCAGCGGCGCUGCUCCCGUCGCCAACACGCCUAACCCGCCUGCCGGCACCGCGGGGUACACCCCGUCUGCGGUCCCGUCCGGCAUCGCGGUCUCGGGCGCGGGCAGCAGCAACUCUGGCUUCGCGGCGGCGCUGUUUGCUGCGUUCUUGGGAGUCGUUGCUUUGUAAGAGGUGCUGGGCUGGAAUUUCAAGUCUAGUCUAGUCUAGUCUAGGGGGUCUAAUUCGCGUUUACUUGAUGACUAUGUGGCACAUCUACAAGGGGAAAAUGCGACGACUAACCUAGAGGAAACGAAACGAAUGGAGAUGGCGUAUCGCUGUGUACGUGCGAGAAACGUACACUUGCAUCCCGUGGUUAGAAGGAUAUAAUUGUCUAUUUUCCUAUCCCGUCUAUCUAUCUAUCUAUCUGUUGAUCGACUGAUCAAAAUUUUUCCUUUGUCAUGACUGGUUCCUUUUCUCCUGUUGGUUAUUUCCUGAAAAGUAGAGAGGUUGGGAGGAUAGGUUAGGUUAGGUACCUAUGGAUUGGAUUCGGACUUGGCAAAGGGGCGUUGUUAUUACUAUUUUACUUCUCGCUAUCUUCUCUACGUAGACGUGUACUUACACCCGAACUAUCCUUAACGCGGGUCGCGGGUUCAAUAAAUUCACGCCUACAUUCCUUCAGGUAUUUGUGUUUAAGGAGUAUUGCGUCUUGAUAUGUGUCUUAUGUCAUAUUCUCCCCUGAGUUCCAACCCUUACAGAUCCUCGCCCUAACUUCGCUGUCUGAGGUUUAUAGGUUCUGUAGUUCAAUACACUUCUCACAGCCUUGACAAUCCAUG